AUGCAUUCAAAGGUGAAUAGCAACCAUGCCCAACGGGUUUUGUCCUUUCUGAAUGAGCAGAGGAGUCUCAGCUGGUUCUGUGAUGCCAAGCUGACUGUAGGAGGAGGUGGGAGGGUGUACAACGGCCAUCGCAAUAUCCUGGCCUGUUUCAGUGGGCGGUUCCAGGAGUCUGAGCCAACCACCACCAUGGUUAAGGAGGUCUCCCUCCCAGAGGAGUGCCCCACUGAUGGCCUGGAACUGCUUCUAGACUUUUUCUACACAGGGGAGUUAAAGCUUGACUCUCUGAAUCUGGAGAAUGUGCGACAGGCUGCAGACAGCCUAUGUGUACCAGAUGCGCUCGCACUUUGUCUGCAGUUUGCCACAGAAGGGAUAGUCUCCCCAGAAGGACCGCAGUCUGCAUAUCUUCUGGCUGAAAAUGAUUGGCUCAAUCUCAGCUGUAAUUUAUGUGGAAACCAAGGCCCCCCUAAAAAGGGGGAGGCCCCCUAAAAAAAGAGGGAGGCCCAAGAAAUCCCAAACCCCUUGUAGUGGCUCAAGUAAGAAGGAUUGUCCGGAAGCUACCGCCACCACAACUGCCAUCACAACUCGCUCUGGGAGUAGGGUGAAGGCCUCCAGAAGACUGCUUGGAGAGGGCCCCAGCUUGCAUCUCCUGCCCCAUGGGGGGACCACUAGCAGGGGGACUCCACCACUAGUUAUUAGCCUAAAGGAUAGGAGUGAUGGGGCUGUGGAGGAGGGACAAAGCCUCCCUCAGCCUACAGAUAUAACAGAGGUAGGCUACAAUACAUUACCUUAUCCUAAAGUGUUAACGUAAGAAUGAGUGUGGAGGGAAUGUGCCUACAGAUUUGUAGGUUUUAUACUAGAACUAUACAGUUGGCCUAUACCUUACUACAAGCACUUAGGCUAUAGCUACAAUAUGAUGGAUGAUGCAUCAAAUACUGUCUCCCAGUUGCAGGUGGAUGGGCCAGAAGAUGGGAUGAAUGACAGUAAAGAUGAUGAUUCAUUGUAUUUGAUUAUUUGACAGGUAACGGACGUGGUCGGCAGCCUUGUAGCAGAUUUGAGCUACAAAGCUAAUUCUCAUCUGCAGCCUCUUGAUGAAGAAGACUAUGAUGAUGAUGAUGGCAGUGGUGGUGAUUUGGUGGAGGGGGUAGAUGAGGACACUGAUGAAGACUAUGUGCCCCAUGCCCUGCCUUCUACCUCCUCCAGCCCCAAAGGCAGACGUAAAGGACCAGGAAAAGCUGUCAAUAAAGAGAACGGUGAAGGGGAAGCCAAGGGGUCUACAAAGGGCUCUGUUCAGUGCCCCACCUGCAAUAAGACCUUCCUCAGCAAGUACUACCUCAAAGUACACAACAGGUAUAUACAUAGAGUGGCUUGCAAAACGAUUCACCCCCCUUGGCAUUUUUCCUAUUUUGUUGCCUUACAACCUGGAAUUAAAAUGGAUUUUUUGGGGGGGUUUGUAACAUUUGAUUUACACAACAUGCCUACCACUUUGAAGAUGCAAAAUAUAUUUUUGUGAAACAAACAAGAAAUAAGACAAAAAAACAGAACUUGAGCGUGCAUAACUAUUCACCCCCCCCCCCCAAAGUCAAUACUUUGUAGAGCCACCUUUUGCAGCAAUUACAACUGCAAGUCUCUUGGGGUAUAUCUCUAUAAGCUUGGCAUAUCUAGCCAUUGGGAUUUUUGCCCACUCUUCAAAGCAAAACUGUUCCAGCUCCUUCAAGUUGGAUGGGUUCCGCUGGUGUACAGCAAUCUUUAGGUCAUACCACAGAUUCUCAAUUGGAUUGAGGUCUGGGCUUUGACUAAGCCAUUCCAAGACAUUUAAAUGUUUCCCCUUAAACCACUCAAGUGUUGCUUUAGCAGGACAAUGCUUAGGGUCAUUGUCCUGCUGGAAGGUGAACCUCCGCCCAGGCUCAAAUCUCUGGAAGUCUGAAACAGGUUUCCCUCAAGAAUUUCCCUGUAUUUAGCGCCAUCCAUCAUUCCUUCAAUUCUGACCAGUUUCCCAGUCCCUGACGAUUAAAAACAUCCCCACAGCAUGAUGCUGCCACCACCAUGCUUCACUGUGGGAUGGUGUUCUCAGGGUGAUGAGAGGUGUUGGGUUUGCACCAGACAUAGCGUUUUCCUUGAUGGCCAAAAAGCUCAAUUUUAGUCUCAUCUGACCAGAGUACCUUCUUCCAUAUGUUUGGGGCGUCUCCCACAUGCCUUUUGGCAAACACCAAACGUGUUUGCUUAUUUUUUUCUUUAAGCAAUGGCUUUUUUCUGGCCACUCUUCCAUAAAGCCCAGCUCUGUGGAGUAUAUGGCUUAAAGUGGUCCUAUGGACAGAUACUCCAAUCUCCGCUGUGGAGCUUUACAGCUCCUUCAGGGUUAUCUUUGGUCUCUUUGUUGCCUCUCUGAUUAAUGCCCUCCUUGCCUGGUCCGUGAGUUUUGGUGUCCGGCCCUCUCUUGGCAGGUUUGUUGUGGUGCCAUAUUCUUUCCAUUUUUUAAUAAUGGAUUUAAUGGUGCUCAGUGGGAUGUUCAAAGUUUCGGAUAUCUAGAUUGCACACAGGUGGACUUUAUUUAACUAAUUAUGUGAGUUCUGAAGGUAAUUGGUUGCACCAGAUCUUAUUUAGGGGCAUCAUAGCAAAGGGGGUGAAUACAUAUGCACGCACCACUUUUCCGUUAUUUAUUUUUUUGUUUUUGAAACAAGUUAUUUUUUUCAUUUCACUUCACCAAUUUGGACUAUUUUGUGUAUGUCCAUUACAUGAAAUCCAAAUAAAAAUCAAUUUAAAUUACAGGUUGUAAUGCAACAAAAUAGGAAAAACGCCAAAGGGGAUGAAUACUUUUGCAAGGCACUGUAACUGCUAUCAUAUUGUAUUGACUUUGCCAAUCACUAUGUUUAUAUUAAACAACCUUUGUCUUUAAAGGUUUGUCCUAUUUAGAUAAACUUUUAUUUUGCAAGAAAGACCUGAUUAAUGAAAAAGACAGGUAUUAUUGAAUGACUAGUGUGAAUAGUGUGUUUUCUGUUCUUCCUGUGUUCCCCAGGUGUCAUACAGGUGAGAUGCCCUUUCCAUGCUCUAAGUGUGGAAAGAGGUACUACAGGAAGGAGAAUUUGAUGGACCACCAGGCCAGGAACUGCAACUGUAGUGAAAAAAUAGAAGCGGUGAGUGACCAGCAGGACCAAGGCCAAGUUUCCUAGGCACCAAAAGGAAGGAAACUGAGCAUAAAGGGGAGGGACUACAUUGACUUGUCCAAUAAGUAAGUAGUCUUGCACGAGCCUUGGCUUAUGCAAGCUGGAACGGCUCAUAGGGCAGGAGCCUAUCUCCUGUUUCUGUAGCGUGAGGCAGCUUGAUGUACAAGUACACCCCCUGGACCAGACGCUAGUCUAUCGCAGGGCCUUACCCCCAGUCUAUCUCCUUAAUGCUGAGUGCCAAGUGGAGACUCAUCAGGUCCCAUUUUUACAGUCUUUGGUACGACUUGGCCAGGGAUAGAACUCGCAACCUUCCAAUCUCAGGACGGAUAUUCUAACCACAAGGCCACUGAGUUGUCCAAUAAGAAAUGUUCUUUUUCGUUUUCUGUGGCGAAACAUUUUGCUACGGUGUACCCUAAGUGAUACAAUGCUUUAGGUUUUCCCUCAUGUACUAAAUAUGUGUAUUCUCGUUGUUACUACAGGUACACAACUGCCUUCAAUGCCACAUGUCAUUUGACAGAUUGGUGGAUCUACGUCUGCACACCGUCUCCCAUACAGGGGAAAUGCCCAAUAAGGUCCAGCACCUACCACCUCACACCCUUGAACAAGCACACAGUACUGUGAACAUGUCAUUAAUUGACAUUGUAAGACUUCUCUCUCUUAUUAUCGCUUGAUCUUGUAUCUAUUUCAGUGUACGUCAUGCUCGGAACAAUUCAUGCAUAAAAAAGAUUUGAGAAAUCACGAAAUCAAAAUCCACGGUGCACCCAAACCACAUGCAGUAAGUCUUCUCUCUCUCCUUUGUGUUAAUUGGUCUGCCUUUUCAUGUAUUCAAACCUUUAUUGCCUCUGCAUUAUUGUCAAGAUUUAUGACUGCUUGCUUGCUGAUCACCUUCUGACCUGUGAUAAUACUUUUUCCCACAGUGCUCUCUGUGCAGCAAAGCCUACCUGUCUAAAACAGAGCUGCGUCUGCAUGAGGCGUCCAAGCAUCGCGGCGAGAAGCUCUUUGUGUGUGAGGAGUGUGACCAUCGAGCCUCCAGCCGACACGGCCUGCAGAUGCACAUCAAAGCCAUUCACAGGUGGGGCUGAGACUGGCUAUUGUAGUGGAAGAGGGGUUUGUUACCAUGGGGGAGCUAGGACUGUUUGACUCACCUGAUAUAGCCUUACUGUCAUAUAAUGUGAUGUGUUAAAUAAUGUGACGUCCCUGUUUGUCUUAAUUUCUCAGAAACGAGCGUCCAUUUGUGUGUGAGUACUGCAACCGUGCGUUCACCCAGAAGGCUAACCUGAACAUACACCUACGGAUUCACACUGGAGAGAAGCCCUAUCAGUGCCACCUCUGUGGGAAGACCUUCCGGACACAGGGUAACAACUGCCUUCUGCCCGUCAUCCUCUCACUAGGACCUGUAGAUACAGAGCACAACGCACCCAUUUCUAACAACAAACAUAGCUGCACAGAUGAUAUGGUAUGAUUUAGUCUCAAAGUAAUCAUUUAGAUACACACAGGCUCUGUCUCACAGACUAACACAAACUCUCACAUUAACAUCCAGUGUGCUUUCACACUGUCUAUUCCAAUGCUCAACAAUGUGCUUGUGCCAAUGCUUAUGUCUGUUCAUUGUGUGAUUUCAGCCAGUCUUGGCAAGCACCACCGCACCCACACGGGAGAGCGACCUUACAGCUGCGAGUUCUGUAACCAGCGCUUCACAGAGAAGGGCCCAAUGCUCCGCCAUGUCGCCAGCAAGCACCAGGACGACCGCCCUCACUGUUGCAAGAUAUGUAGCAAGACCUUCAAGGGUGAGAAUGGCCACAUGAGAUCGUGGAAUCACAGUUAAAAUAUUUUUUUUCCUGUCAUGUUGAGUUUACGAAAAGCUUUGUAGUACUAAGAUCUUUGCCUAAACCAGGUUUAAGAUUAUCAUAGUGCUACAAAACGUUUGGGAAUCUCACACCUAAUCAAUAGAUUGCUUCCAGAAGCAAUUCCAUCCCGACUUCAGUUGAACAAGACAAGUUUAUCGUAUGUUUUCUUAAUGUCUUGUUUAUUCCGCUAUCCUCUAGCGGUCGAGCAGCUCCACGUCCAUGUGCGUCGCCAUCAGGGCAUGAGGAAGUUUGAGUGCCAAAAGUGUGGCUACAAGUUCACCAGACAGGUAGGCCAUGCAUUUCCAGUGUGCUAGCUUGGUUCCUCAAAUUUCCAUGCACGCUUACUGCUCACCCGGCCACUGAGGGGAUCAUUAAAGUUUUAUUCAAUUGAAAUGUACACUGAAGUCUCUCCUAUUUUUCUCCAGGCCCACUUAAGGCGUCAUGUUCAGGUCCAUACCCGUACAGAGAACUACAAUCCACGUGAGAGAAAGCUACGGAACCUGAUAGUAAAGGACGUGGGGUCGCAGGAUGAGACUAGCCCCUCACAGACACCACCCACUGAGAAGGAGACACCCGAGGGGCCGGCACCUGUCUCUGGACCCAGUGUCCCGGUCUCUGGACCUAUACCUGGACCUGGAACAGUACCAGGAGCCAGUGACAUCCUCAGGGUGGUGAUCAAGCCCCUGGUGGAGGAGGUGGGCUUUAACCAGGGCCAGGUUGGGGUGGCACAGGGACAUGGCAAGGGUUUGGGUGUGAUGGGGCAUAGCUUCACUGUGACAGAUGUGAUGGAGCAGACUCUCCUGGUGGCAGAUUAUCCCAUCCCUGAGACCACGGUGGAGCUGGAGGACAUACAGGAGGACCCUCCUGCUAAGAGCAAUGCCUGA